CAAUAGUGUACUGCAGUUGGUGUUCAGCUAAGGCUGAUUGGGAAUGCAAGCAGGUCACGCCCCCUGCCAUUCGCCCUCCUCACCAUUCUCAGUUAGGCGUGUUUUCAGUUCGUCGUCGGCCACUGGAUUGAGCCCGCAAUGAGGCUUUGAUGCCACACCGUGCCACCGCACCAGGAUUGCGCGGUAAAGCGUCAACCGCGGUUCCGGGGCCCGUUAUCAAUGAUCAAGCGCCCCCUUGCCCCUCUUGGAAAAUUUACGAACCUUUGACGACAACUCCGCUGGUGAUCUUGCGCUCAAUUUGCUCCUCUCGCCAGUCUCGCCAGUCACGAUGUGGGGUCCCGGUGGACUGUCGUGUAUAAUCCGCUUCAUCUGUCACGUUCCCACGGGCUUCGCGGGCAUCAACGGCCUGAUCACGUACAACAACGUCCGAGGGUUGGGCGACAUUCUCAAUGUAAUCCCACACGGCGCGGAGUUCGUUCGAGGCUUAUCAUACGUGGGACGAGCGGGGACUGCCACAUUUGCCUGGAAUUUCUUUCAAUUUGCGGUGUCCCCCUUCCUGCGUGGGAACCUUCUCGCGAUUACGGGGCUAGUCGAUCUGGCCCUGGCUGGUCUUCUCGUCGCCGGGGUUGUUCUGGAGCGCCGAUUCCUCCCCGGCACGUUCAGCGGCUGCAACGGGGCCUCCAACUGGAACAACGCCACCGACGGCCGUAACUUUUUCGUUGUGGCGAACGGCACAGAUGCGUUUGGGAGCGAUGGUCCCAACAGCAUAUGCCACAACAUCGUGCAGAUUUGGGUCAUGGCGAUUGUGGUCAUCAUCCUGUACCUGCUAUGCGGUGUCUUCAACAUACUGCUUGGUUUUGGGGGGGUUGCUCACAGCGGUCCUGGAUCCAGAACGGCUUUUGGGCUCCCUCCGCAAUACGACAUCGACCUUUUCGGAUGGAUGUUCGGCCCGCUGCGUUGCCUCCUGAAGCCCGUCGUCUACGUCUACAAACAUCUCCGCGCAUCCUUGUACUUCGCCUGCCGAUAUGUGUCAAAAUACAUGUCACGAAAGAAGAAGUUAACGCUCCGACCUACCAAGCAUUUACGGCCGCCGAAGAACGCAAAGGGCGAGUCUGGAAACCACGGCGGUCCCCGUCUCCCCUUGGAGCUGGCGAUCAUGAUUGUUCGGGAGCUUCACUACGCCGACCUGGUCAACCUCAGCCGGUCCUCGAAGGCUCUACGCGCCGUCUUCUUCGGAAGUCGGAGCCCAGAACAGGCGAUGAAGGACCUGCGCCCGUUUGUGUGCGGAGGAGAGAUUUCGUGCGCGCGCUGCGCCGUCUGCAAGAUCCAAAUUUGUCCGGGAUGCGAGCACCGUGCGCUGAUUCCCCUGUCCGGCGCCUUUCGGCACCUCAGAGCCUGCCGCCCAGCUUGCUCGAGGUGCUUCUACAAGAACCACUGCGUGCAGCGGGUUACUCCCGCCGACUACGCCAGAGCCCGGGGGAGCAGCACGCGGCGCCAAUUCGAUCCGUCCUGGGUUAGCGAACUACGGCGCUAUUUCCAGUGGGCAAGGCAAAGGUUCCGCUCUUCAAGGAAUGUGGAGACGAACAGUGUCGGAGCCUACGACGUGUUGGACGAAGCGAUCUGCCAGAACUGCGCGACGCUGUGGAGGCGGGAGAUGCUGGCCGAGGUGGAAGCGGAGAGCCUGAGAGAGCUUCAGCUGGUAGCGGGCCGUAAGCUGGCUUGUUUCAGAUGCCGGACGCCGUUGACGGGAGUGAGAUGGUGGGUGGACAUGAAGGGGUGGGAGUGCAAAUGGGACGGUCAUCCUGGGUGGGCACCGGCAACCUGACGAAGGUCGGAGGAAUAUGUUGAUAUACCUAUGUGGCAUAUUCCCUUGGCAACAUGGGAAAAAGUUGGAAAUUCC